CAACAUCUGUCACGUCGUUGACAAAAUACGAAUAACCUGAAAAACCACUGAAAAACUUAUUCUCGUUCAUUAUAAACUAAAUAAUAUUAUUGAAUUUAAAGCGAAAUGGUGAUAUUUUGUCAUUAGGAUAUCAUUUAGUCAAUAAUUUUUAGUCUCGUUAGGUUUAAAUAUUGUUAUCCUACAUUGUUGAACUAAUUUCGGCGUCAGCCUAGAAACAUGGGUAUUUUGGAGAAAAUAUCUGAGAUUGAGAAAGAAAUCGCAAGAACUCAAAAGAAUAAAGCUACUGAGUACCACUUGGGUCUGUUAAAGGCUAAGCUAGCAAAGUACCGCUCACAGUUGCUGGAACCAUCUAAGAAGGGUGGCGAUAAGGGAGAAGGGUUUGAUGUACUGAAGUCUGGAGAUGCUAGGGUUGCUCUAAUUGGUUUCCCUUCAGUGGGAAAGUCAACACUCCUGUCGACGCUAACGCACACACACUCAGAGGCUGCCAGUUACGAGUUCACAACGCUAACGUGUAUUCCGGGAGUCAUAGAGUACAGAGGAGCCAAUAUCCAACUGCUCGACUUGCCUGGUAUCAUUGAAGGGGCUGCCCAGGGCAAGGGUAGAGGAAGACAGGUAAUAGCGGUGGCGCGGACGGCCGACCUGGUGCUGAUGAUGCUGGACGCCACGAAGCCCUACGUGCACCGCCAGCUGCUGGAGAAGGAGUUGGAGAGCGUCGGCAUCAGGCUGAAUAAGCCCAAACCUAACAUUUAUUUUAAGGUCAAAAAAGGCGGUGGUCUCUCCUUCAACUCGACAUGUCAACUCACAAAAGUGGACGAAAAAAUGGUGCAGAUGAUUUUACACGAAUAUAAAAUAUUCAAUGCUGAGGUGCUAUUCCGCGAAGACUGCACGCCGGACGACCUCAUCGACGUGAUCCUGGCCAAUCGUGUGUACCUGCCGUGCCUCUACGUCUACAACAAGAUCGAUCAGAUCUCCAUCCAGGAGGUGGACAGGAUAGCGCGCGAGCCGCACUCUGUUGUGGUUAGCUGUAACAUGAAGCUGAACCUGGACUUCCUGCUGGAGACGCUGUGGGAAUACCUGUCGCUGAUCCGCGUGUACACCAAGAAGCCUGGCCAGCCGCCCGACUUCGACGACGGACUCAUCCUCAGGAGGGGUGUAACGGUAGAACACGUGUGCCACUCCAUCCACCGCACUCUGGCCGCUCAACUCAAGUACGCUCUAGUCUGGGGCACCAGCACCAAGUACUCGCCGCAGCGCGUCGGGCUCGGCCACUCGGUCGCAGACGAGGACGUCGUCCAGCUCAUCAAGAAGUAGUUGCGGUGAUAGCUCGCCAAGAAAUAGCCGCCGACUAAAAGCUCGUUAAGAAAUAGCCGCCGACUAAGCGACAGCGCACAUUGGGCCCAGGAACUGUCACCCAGUGUGCGCUGUCGCUAAAAACUCGUUAAGCAAUAGCCGCCAUUGACUAAAAGCUCGUUAAGAAAUAGCCGCUACCUAAAAGCUCGUUGAGAAAUAGCCGCCAUCGACAAAAAACUACGAAAAAUAGCCAGUUCAUCAAGAAAUAGCCACGCCUGACAAACAACACGAUAUAAAAUAGCCGCGUCUGACAUACAGUUCAUUAAGAAAUAGCCGCGAAAGAAACAGCUUGUCAACAAGUAGCCGCGGCCAACAUCGCUUCAUCAAGAAGUUGGUCAAAGUACUAUCGAAUGUAACUAUUGAACGGAAUAGAUUAAUGAUGAUAGACGGCGUAGGUCUUCCUUUUCACCGUCUGCCAUGUUACUAGUAGCUAGCUAGGAAAAUUGAUUCAACAGUUCUUAAGUUGUAGAUUGGAUCAGACUAAAUAUUCUUCUGCUGGAUAUGAUUAAAAAUAAGGAACAGUGAAAACGCGUGAUAGCUAUUAUUUUAUUAAUUUUCGCGUAAAAAAUAUGUCAUGAUAUGAUGAGCCUUUAUUUUUUACAACAAACAAUUCGUUUCAUUAUUUCCGAUGGGAUAUCCCAUGUUAUGUAUACCUGCGGUAUUCAGUUCCGAAAUUAUAUUAUUGCUUAGGAAAUAGGCAGUUUUGUUUGAUAUCCUAUAUGUUAUUUAUUUCUUUAUCAUUCUAAUUGUGCAAGUUUCAUUUGAAUUUUUAUUAUUAUCAGCAAACCUUGUACAAGCCUUUGAAAUCUAAAUACUGGUUAUGUAGAUAGGCAAGUUUCUUUGUAUUUAAUUCAUAUGGCUGAAUAAAGCAUUGUAAAUUCAAUAUUUUACGUUAUUUUUGUUUAUUAUCGCUCAUUCUUGGUAUACUAGUGAACAGAGUACCUAAUUUUGAUUACAACAGAACAAUACUGCCAAUAUAUGACAUACUGUUACUUGCUUGUUUUCGCGUUUAAACUUUUCACACAAGUGUGACUGAUAUGUGUGAGAACUGAGAGAAUUUUGGAGAGUAAAUUAUGGUAGGUAUUUAUUAGUUUGAUUGACUACACAAGACCAUAUAUACUUGAGAGAAGUUGCAUGUGUGUUAGAUUUUUUUAUACUCCAUGCACGGUUUGCAAUUUGUAAGGUGUGAUCAAACAAUAAAUAAUGCAUAACUAGACCAUUAGGCAAGUUCUCGCUAGUUUGAAAACAAUUUUGUAAUAGUCUCUUAUCCUCGUAAUAUUUUAUAAAAAUAAGGAAAUUACUACAUUAUUACUUGCAUAAAUGACCCAAUAAGAUUAAGAUUUUAAUACAUUUUAAUAAUAGUAAUCAAUU